GCACGUCUGCGCUCUGAUCGAGGUUUUUUCACCAGUGUACUUUUCUUCUCUUCCCUAGCCAGGCUUGCCAGUCAACCUUCCCGUCUUUUGACUCCUUACAUUCGCUUUCCGGGUUUCUCGUUCUUUGAAGUCUUUACGCAGUCCUCCCUACGCGUCUGUCCAACACAUCCCCAUCCAGCACAAUGAAGUUCACCACUGCUACUGCCUCUGCUGCUGCCGCUCUGGCGUUUGUUCAGCCCGCUUUGGCGCACUACCGCUUCACUUCGCUCAUCGUCGAUGGCACCGUCACCGGCGAGUACGAAUACGUCCGCCAGAAUACCAACAACAACAGCCCGGUCGAGGACUUGACCAGCACCGACAUGCGUUGCAACGUCGGUGGUCUCGAGUCCGGCGCAUCGACCUCCACCUAUGAGGUCGCCGCCGGUUCGAAGGUUGGCUUCAAGGCCGACCAGGCCGCCUUCCAUCCCGGCCCUGCUGGCAUCUACCUUGGUCAAGUCCCCGAGGGUGAGACCGCAGCCACCUGGGACGGCUCUGGCGCCAACUGGUUCAAGAUCUACGAGCUCGGCGCCGACAUUGGCGAGGGCACCUUCUCCUUCCCGACCGACAUUGACACGUACGAGACGACGAUCCCCGCGAGCGUCCCGGCGGGCGAUUACCUCCUCCGCAUGGAGCACGUCGGCCUGCACUCCGCGGGCGCGCCGCAGUUCUACGUCUCGUGCGCGCAGCUCACGGUGACUGGUGGUGGUGAUGCCAACCCGGACAAGGUCGAGAUCCCGGGGUACAUCGCGCCGGACGACCCAAGCGUGACGCUGAACAUCUACUACCCCGUCCCCACGUCGUACGACUGCCCGGGACCGGAAGUGUUCACCGACGGGUCGAGCGGUGGUGAUGCGAGCUCGUCGUCGGCGCCUGCGUCGUCUGCUCCGGCCACGUCUGCUGCGUCCUCUGCUGCGCCUUCCUCUGCUGCACCGACCUCGGCCGCCGAGUCCAGCGCUGCAUCUGAGCCCGCUACCUCGGCCGCCGAGUCCUCUGCCCCCGCGACAUCGUCUGCGCCCGCCACGUCGUCCGCCUCGGCAACCUCAGCUGCUCAGUCUUCUGCGCCCGCCGAGACGUCCGCGCCCGCUACCUCGAGCGCUGCCGCCCCUACUACCUCGGCCGCCCCCUCUACCAGCGCCUCUUCCCCCGCGACCUCCGUGUCUGCCCCCGCCUCUUCUGCGUCCGCCCCCGCGACCUCCGCCCCCGCCUCCGGCAACACCUACAACGACUGCUGGAACGCGUACAACAAGUGCGCCGCGGACGCCAACGCGGCCCCGAACGCCGGCGGCGCCGUCGACUUCUCGGCGUGCGAGAGCGAGCGCGCGACGUGCCUCUCUGGCAUCGCGCGCCGCAUGCACAGGCGGAAGGCGCUUCGUGCGUAAGCUGACAGCUCGCAUGGGCAGCCGCUUGACUCGAUGUGAUAGCUACCUGCUCCCAGACUUCUUUCUCAUCGCGCUCCGCGGAAGCUGGAGUGGAGCUUGAGCGCCGCGCGUCUUGGGCUCCCGCUUCCGUUGUCUCUUAUACUCUUCCGUCCUUCUAUGAGCUUUCUCACCCUUCACCGUGAGUUUGCUACGAGUUCUGAGCGACAAGCGCGUUUCCCUUGGUCCGAGACCCCGUUUGUACCUACCUACCUACCUACCUGAAUGGCACCCUGGCUACAUAAAAAAUACAACACUCUCUACCCUAGAUAUGAGGUCUUCAGUGAGCCGCACGACUGGCGAUGAUGGGCACUUGCGUUGCAAGGCUUUCGCGCGGGGGAUCUGGCAAGCGAUUCAAGGAUAGCCCAAGCCCAUGAGAUCCCCCGUAGA